UUAUUUGUGCUUUUUUCAAUUUCUUUGUUUGUAUUCUGUAUUUCUCUCUCUUCUCUCUUCUCUCUGCUCUCUCUGGUGUCAUUCCUCAUAUUUAAGGGUUCUACUGUGAUUGUCACGGAACCUUAUCUCACUCUAUAUAUAGUAUAUGUACAUAUUUGUGUUUUUUGUUUGAGAGAGGAACACUUGGAGACGAAUAUUGCAAGAAAGAAGAAGGAAAAAGCUGCCGGAAAUGCUACUGGAGCUGAAACAGGGCUUUGUGGGGCUCCGUUUCCGGAGAUAAUUGAGAGAUUGUGCCACAAUUUCUGCCGCCGAAGACCUUCACUACAACCCUUGUCUCCGCCGUAGCGAAUGCCUCAGGGUUUGGUGUGUCCAAACUCGAUGAUGUUAAUGGAGGGCAGCGAAAUGCCCGCUGCGAAAAAGGAAAACUCGGAAGAGAAAGAGACGGAAGAAGAAGGAGGGAAGGUAUUUGAAGUCACGACGACGACGCCGAGGUCUGUUAUUAUCAUCCCCAGGAUCAAAUCUCACGCCACAACUCGUAGAGUCACUCCCACCACUACCGCCGCGGUUGAAAAGCGCCUCUCCAACGGCGAUCUGUACAUUGGGGACUUCUCCGGCAACGUGCCUCACGGAUCCGGGAAGUACUUGUGGGCGGAUGGGUGCAUGUACGAAGGGGAAUGGAAGAGAGGGAAAGCAUCUGGGAAAGGAAAGUUCUCCUGGCCGUCCGGGGCGACCUUCGAGGGCGAAUUCAAGUCGGGUCGGAUGGACGGAAAGGGCACAUUCAUCGGGUCGGAUGGGGAUAUGUACAAGGGGUCGUGGCUGGCGGAUCGGAAACACGGGUACGGACAAAAGCGGUAUUGCAAUGGGGAUUAUUACGAGGGGCAUUGGAAGAGGAACUUGCAAGAUGGGCAAGGGAGGUAUGUGUGGCAAAACGGGAAUGAAUAUGCUGGGGAGUGGAAGAAUGGGGUUAUUCACGGAAGGGGAAUUUUGAUUUGGGCUAAUGGGAAUCGAUACGAUGGGAGUUGGGACAAUGGGGUUCCCAAAGGCCAUGGGGUUUUCACUUGGCCGGAUGGGAGUUGCUACAUAGGCUGCUGGUGUAAAGAUGACAAAAACCCUAAUCACACUCAAGUCUUGAAUGGCACUUUUUACCCUGCACGUAAUAGUAGAACAAGUUCUUGCAAUAUUAAAAACGAUUUUCACAAGUUUAGUUUUAAAGAUGAGGGCUUUGAGGCCAUAUUUGGGCAUAAGUUAGCUGCUCCAUUAAUGGGGAAUGAGAAUUGUGGAGUGGUAGUGAAUGAUGGGAAGACGAGAUCCUCCAUGGACGGAGGAAGGAGGAGCUUGACAGAGAGAAAUUUGCCCAGGAUUUGUAUCUGGGAAUCUGAUGGCGAGGCCGGGGAUAUUACUUGUGACAUUAUUGACACGGUAGAGGCCUCUAUGUUUUACCGGGAUAGGUUUGAGUUUGACCGGGAUGGGAUCAGGCAGUUUAGGAGAAACCCUUGUUUUAAUGGGGAAGCAAAGAAGCCAGGGCAAACAAUAUCAAAAGGGCAUAAGAACUACGAGUUGAUGCUCAAUCUCCAGUUGGGCAUUAGGUUUUCUGUUGGAAAGCAUGCUUCGGUAUUGAGAGACCUUAAACACAGUGAUUUUGAUCCAAAGGAGAAGUUCUGGACUAGGUUUCCGCCAGAAGGGUCUAAAAUUACACCCCCGCACCAAUCUGUAGACUUCCGGUGGAAGGAUUAUUGUCCAAUAGUGUUUAGGCGUUUGCGGGAGCUAUUCCAGGUCGAUCCUGCAGAUUACAUGAUGGCCAUCUGCGGAGAUGAUGCCCUGAGAGAGCUUUCAUCUCCGGGGAAGAGUGGAAGCAGUUUUUAUUUGACUCAGGAUGAUAGAUUUAUGAUCAAAACUGUGAAAAAAUCUGAAGUCAAGGUGCUUAUUAAGAUGCUUCCAAGUUAUUAUAAGCACGUUUGUCGGUAUGAAAAUUCCCUUGUAACAAAAUUCUAUGGUGUCCAUUGUGUGAAACCAGUAGGUGGCGUGAAGACGCGGUUUAUUGUGAUGGGUAAUUUGUUCUGCUCGGAAUACCGAAUACACAGGCGGUUUGACCUUAAAGGUUCCUCUCAUGGCCGCACAACAGAUAAGCCUGAGGAAGAAAUUGAUGAAACCACUACUCUUAAAGAUCUUGAUCUUAAUUUUGUUUUUCGCCUCCAGCAGAACUGGUACCUAGAACUAAUAAAACAAAUUGAUCUGGAUUGUGAGUUUUUGGAAUCAGAGAGAAUUAUGGAUUAUAGUCUCCUGGUUGGUCUCCACUUCCGUGAUGACAAAACCGGUGACAAAAUGGGCUUGUCACCAUUCCUCUUGCGAACAGGAAAGAGUGAUUCUUUUCAAAAUGAAAAGUUUAUGCGUGGCUAUCGGUUCCUUGAAGCAGAGCUACAAGACAUGGAUCGAAUUUUAGCUGGCCGGAAACCGUUGAUCCAUUUAGGCGCUAACAUGCCUGCGAGAGCAGAGCGAGUGGUUCGACGGAGUGAUUUUGAUCAGUACAUCCCUGGUCGGUUUGGUCAUUUGGCCCCUUCCCGAGGCAUUGAAACCUAUGAAGUUGUCCUUUACUUUGGGAUCAUCGACAUUCUCCAAGACUAUGAUAUUAGCAAGAAACUGGAGCAUGUUUACAAGUCCUUGCAAGCCGAUCCCGCCUCAAUCUCAGCUGUUGACCCGAAGAUGUAUUCAAGGAGGUUCCGGGAUUUCAUAGGGAGGAUCUUCGUCGAAGACAGGUGACCGUGAAGAGAACAAGUGAAGCCAAAUGGACUUAACCAUGGAGAUUAUUGAUCGAUUCUGGAAUCCAUGCUAGAACCCCACAACACUGGUUGGUGGAGCUUCUGCUCAGAUGAUUUGGCAAAGAUAAGGGUUCACUUGUGGCAGAAUUUUGUCAAUUAGCCACAGUUGGGGAAGACUAGUUACCUGCAAAUUCCAUGGAGAGGGUAAGGAAGAUUGGUUUUUUUAUUCUUCCCUGUUAUGGAGUAAAAUUUUUUGUUGACUGAGGAAUGUGAAGAUUUGAAAAAAUAGGCAUGGUGGGAAGAAAAGCAAGUUGAUUCCCAAAAAGAAAGUUUAGGA